UAUAUAUAUAUAUAUGUAUCUUCAUCCAUGGAUAAAAGUGAAAAGCAUGCAGAGAAGGUUUAAGAGGAUGGUUUUUAGGCGCACACAAGUGUGGAACCAUAUGCGACCAUGGUCCAUACGUAGCCAUCAUGAUUUUUGGUUAUGGUUAUGGUGCCACGCUGUGUGCGUCUAAAGAUGCACCCACUCUUAACCAAGUCUUCUUCUUCAUUGACGGUGGUGCAGACGAUCGUUGCCAUGUGUCAAAGGUGGCACCAGAUCCAUACGGACGUCCGCGGAAGAAGUGAAGUUGGUUGAGGGAAAUGGGUUGAAAAUUUAAUCAGAGUUGUAACCAAAUUAUUGAAUUAGGUAGCAGCACAGCACAGCACAAAUCCUAAUAGCUUGUCCAGGCUGUAAUGGAGGACGGAGAACUUGAUUUCUCAAGCCACGAGUUGUUUACCGGUGCGAAUAUGGGUGAUAUCCCCAGCAGUGGUUCAAUUGAUAGCUUCUUUGAUGAUAUUUUCAAGGAUACACAUGCGUGUACCCAUACCCAUACUUGCAACCCGCCAGGCCCUGAUUCCUCACACACCCACACAUGUUACCAUGUGCACACCAAAAUUGUACCUGCCAUGAGUGGCGAUGAUGACAAGACACCCACCGAUGACACUGCUGAGUCUAACGAGAAGAAAGGUAAGAAACGCCCGUUAGGGAAUCGUGAAGCUGUAAGAAAGUAUCGUGAGAAAAAGAAGGCACGGGCUGCGUCUUUAGAGGAUGAAGUGGUUAGAUUGAGAGCAUUGAAUCAACAGCUGAUGAAGAGAAUCCAGAGUCAAGCUGGGCUAGAGGCUGAGGUAGCAAGAUUGAAGUGUUUGCUUGUUGAUAUUAGAGGGAGAAUUGAAGGCGAAAUUGGAUCUUUUCCUUAUCAGAAGCAGCUUCCAGCUAAUCAUAACAUAGCUAACCCUAAUAUGACCGGCGGGUACGUGAUGAAUCCUUGUAAUAUGCAAUGUGGGGAUCAAGCGUAUUGCCUUCAUCCUGUGGUAGAUGGAAAGACCGGAGAAGAUGCAUCAAUACAUGAUCCAGCUCUUAAUGGCUGUGAGUUUGAGAAUCUGCAUUGCUUGGGGAAUCAAAAUCCUUUGCUCAAUGAACUUCCAGGUUGUGGAACCGAGGAUGGUUUCCCCGUAGCCAAUCCUUCAGGUGGACGAACUAAAAGAAAAGGUGCUCGUUCAACAAUAUCUAAAUGAAACGCAAACCUGAUUGAAGAACGGAUCUUUCUUGGUGUAUGAUAUUGUUGUCAGGCGAUCUGUUAUCGUUCCCUGCUCCAGGUUUCGAACUUCCCUUGUUCUGUCAGUCGCGUAUUGUGAGUUGCCAUCCAUUUUGUUCUGUCUAGCUUGACAUAAUCGAAGAAAUGCUUCUUGAUCGUGUGUGGUUUUAAUAAUGUUCCAAUGAAAUCAUAAUGUUUAGUUGAUGAGGAACUUGUUUUUGAUGA